AUGACUUUCUACGAUGGCAUUUACCCAUUCUACCCCCUACAAAGAACCUCCUUUAUCUUCAGCACCCACCUCCUCACCAUUAUCCUGGUCUUCCUGGUCCUCGCGGUCAGCUUCCUUCUCAUUCUGCCAGGUAUCAGAGGCAAAUCGGUGCGUAUAACAUUUACAUCAUUUACAUUUACGUCAUUUAGCAGACGCUCUUAUCCAGAGCGACUUACAAAUAGGUGCAUUCACCUUAUAGCCAGUGGGAUAACCACUUUACAACCAACUGGUGCAACCUAACAAUGGAGUAGUAUUAAUGGCAACAGAAAUGUAAUCUUCAGAUUCCAUUUAUUUUGGCACUAAUAUGACUCCAUAUACCUACUGUAGCCCAUGAUUAGAUAAUACAAUUGCUCAACGUCGAUACACAUUGACUUAAACAGAUUAUUGCCCCUUGGAAUGUGAUUAAGAUCAAAUGGCUUAAUAAAACAAUAAUUUAUUAUAGCCAGUCUGUCAGUCAGUGAAGAUAGGUAUAUGUUUCGUGACCUGACUUGUGUCCUCAAACCCUCUAUUCUAGAGACUGUUCUGGAUGUUCAGAAUCGUCAUCAGUUUAUUCAUAGGCGUUGUAAUAGUAGGUAAGUACCUAGCUGCUUUCAAUUUCACAUCACAUCUAUUGCAACACUUGCAAUGCCUGGCAGUCUUUUGCACACUAUACUAGACUUUUGAACUCCACAUAUUCAUAUUUAUUUUAUACCACGGGACUGUAAUGUAAUGUAAAGAAUUGUUGAAUAGGCUACUCGAUUUCUGAUUGGUCGAAAUGGUGUUGAUUAUUUCACAGUAAACGCACAUCCCAAAAAAAUGAUAAUCAACAGCUAUAAAGUAGUUCCAACAACAACAACAACAAAAAAAGCAUUGUAUUGUCGUCCUUUUUUACUAUUGACUCCCCAAUCUCAUCUCAUCUCAGCGCUGAAUUUCACCAGUGACUGGGCGGAGGCCAGAACCACAACCAACGCCACCUACAAGUCCUUCAGCAGUGAGGAGGUGAACGCUGAGGUGGGACUGCAUGUAGGACUGUAUGGUAUUAACAUUACUUUAAAAGGUGAGCCCAGCAGACACAGAAUGAGAACAUAACAUGGUUUGUUAUUAUUGCAUGUGGGACUGUAUGGUAUUAACAUUACGUUAAAAGGUGAGCCCAGCAGACACAGAAUGAGAACAUAACAUGGUUUGUUAUUAUUGCAUGUGGGACUGUAUUGCAUCAACAUUACUUUGAGGUGAGCCUGGUAAACCAUAGGUGGUGCGUCCAAUAGGCUAGGGGAAGCUAAGCUGACCCAAAAGUACAUUGAAAUAAAUAUGACAAACUCAUAGACCAGGGAUGUAGCUCAGUUGGUAGAGCAUGGCGUUUGCAACGCCAGGGUUGUGGGUUCGAUUCCCACGGGGGGCCAGUAUAAAAAAUAAUGUAUGCACUCACUAACUGUAUGUCGCUCUGGAUAAGAGCGUCUGCUAAAUGACGUAAAUAAUUAGGGCACUCCUGUCUAUACAUAAAUAAAUAAAAUCAUUGAAAAUACUACACCAGAGAGAGAUUUAGCCACAGAGAAUCAUUAUCUUCUUUUAGAAAAUACAGUGGCUUGCGAAAGUAUUCACCCCCCUUGGCAUUUUUCCUAUUUUGUUGCCUUACAACCUGGAAUUAAAAUGGAUUUUUGGGGGGUUUGUUUCAUUUGAUUUACACAACAUGCCUACCACUUUGAAGAUGCAAAAUAUGUUUUAUUGUGAAACAAACAAGAAAUAAGACAAAAAAACAGAAAACUUGAGCGUGCAUAACUAUUCACGCCCCCAAAGUCAAUACUUUGUAGAGCCACCUUUUGCAGCAAUUACAGCUGCAAGUCUCUUGGGGUAUGUCUCUAUAAGCUUGGCACAUCUAGCCACUGGGAUAUUUGCCCAUUCUUCAAGGCAAAACUGCUCCAGCUCCUUCAAGUUGGAUGGGUUCCGCUGGUGUACAGCAAUCUUUAAGUCAUACCACAGAUUCUCAAUUGGAUUGAGGUCUGGGCUUUGACUAGGCCAUUCCAAGACAUUUAAAUGUUUCCCCUUAAAACACUUGAGUGUUGCUUUAGCAGUAUGCUUAGGGUCAUUGUCCGGCUGGAAGGUGAACCUCCGUCCCAGUCUCAAAUCUCCCGAAGACUGAAACAGUUUUCCCUCAAGAAUUUCCCCUGUAUUUAGCGCCAUCUAUCAUUCCUUCAAUUCUGACCAGUUUCCCAGUCCCUGCCGAUGAAAAACUUCCCCACAGCAUGAUGCUGCCACCACCAUGCUUCACUGUGAGGAUGGUGUUCUCGGGGUGAUGAGAGGUGUUGGGUUAGCGCCAGACAUAGCGUUUUCCUUGAUGGCCAAAAAACUCAAUUUUAGUCUCAUCUGACCAGAGUACCUUCUUCCAUAUGUUUGGGGAGUCUCCCACAUGGCUUUUGGCGAACACCAAACGUGUUUGCUUAUUUUUUUCUAUAAGCAAUGGCUUUUUUCUGGUCACUCUUCCGUAAUGCCCACCUCUGUGGAGUGUACGGCUUAAAGUGGUCCUAUGGACAGAUACUCCAAUCUCCGCUGUGGAGCUUUGGAGCUCCUUCAGGGUUAUCUUUGGUCUCUUUGUUGCCUCUCUGAUUAAUGCCCUCCUUGCCUGGUCCGUGAGUUUUGGUGGGCGGCCCCCUCUUGGCAGGUUUGUUGUGGUGCCAUAUUCUUUCCAUUUUUUUAUAAUGGAUUUAAUGGUGCACCGUGGGAUGUUCAAAGUUUCUGAUAUUUCUUUAUAACCCAACCCUGAUCUGUACUUCUCCACAACUUUGUCCCUGACCUGUUUGGAGAGCUCCUUGGUCUUCAUGGUGCCGCUUAGUGGUGUUGCAGACUCUGGGGCCUUUCAGAACAGGUGUAUAUAUACUGAGAUCAUGUGACAGAUCAUGUGACACUUAGAUUGCACAGAGGUGGACUUUAUUUAACUAAUUAUGUGACUUCUGAAGGUAAUUGGUUGCACCAGAUCUUAUUUAGGGGCUUCAUAGCAAAGGGGGUGAAUACAUAUGCACGCACCACAUUUCCGUUAUUUAUUUUUUCAAAUUCUUUGAAACAAGUUAUUAUUUUCAUUUCACUUCACCAAUUUGGACUAUUUUGUGUACGACCAUUACAUGAAAUCCAAAUAAAAAUCCAUUUAAAUUACAGGUUGUAAUGCAACAAAAUAGAAAAAAAAACGCCAAAAGGGGGAUGAAUACUUUUGUAGCUGUGGAUUGUCUUAAAUCACACGUGCAUUAUGCACACAGCCUAUAGUAUGCCUACAGUACAGGUGAGUGAGUGAGUGAGUAUGUACACCUCUCAUCUCCUCAUGGUAACCUAUUUUUAUGCGCGUCUAAUUUACACAUCUCCAUCUGGAUUUCAGGGGUCACCUUAUUUUUUUAUUGUAAAGAUUAUUUGUUUUAAAAUGCAGCUGCAGAGUUUUAAAAACACUCAUAUAUCAUUGCUUUAAAUCAGUGCACGCUCGAGCAGUCUUUCUCUCUCUCUCUCCAUCAAUUCCAUUCAAAUUGCAUUCAAAAUAUAUCAUCCUGUUCAAGAUUGACAUACAGUGCAUUCGGAAAAGUAUUCAGACCCGUUGACUUUUUCCACAUUUUGUUACGUUUCAGCCUUAUUCUAAAAUUGAUUAAAUACAAACAUUUCCUCAUCAAUUUACACACAAUACCCCAUAAUGACAAAACGAAAACAGGUUUUUAGAAAUUUUUGAAAAUGUAUUAUAAAGUAAAAAACAGAAAUACCUUAUUUACAUAAGUAUUCAGACCCUUUGCUAUGAGACUCGAAAUUGAGCUCAGGUGCAUCCUGUUUCCAUUGAUCAUCCUUGAGAUGUUUCUACAACUUGUUUGGAGUCCCCCUGUGAUAAAUUCAAUUGAUUGGACAUGAUUUGGAAAGGCACACACCUGUCUAUAUAAGGUCCCACAGUUGACAGUGCAUGUCAGAGCAAAAACCAAGCCAUGAGGUCGAAGGAAUUGGUCUGUAGAGCUCCGAGACAGGAUUGUGUCAAGGCACAGAUCUGGGGAAGGGUACCAAAAAAUGUCUGCAGCAUUGAAGAUCCCCAAGAACACAAUGGCCUCCAUCAUUCUUAAAUGGAAGAAGUUUGGAGCUGGCCGCCCGGCCAAACUGAGCAAUCGGGGGAGAAGGGCCUUGGUCAGGGAGGUGACCAAGAACCCGAUGGUCACUCUGACAGAGCUCCAGAGUUCCUCUAUGGAGAUGGGAGAACUUUCCAGAAGGACAACCAUCUCUGAAGCGCUCCACCAAUCAGGCCUUUAUGAUAGAGUGACCAGACGGAAGCCACUCCUCAGUAAAAGGCACAUGACAGCCCGCUUGCAGUUUGCCAAAAGGCACCUAAAGGACUCUCAGACCAUGAGAAACAAGAUUCUCUGGUCUGAUGAAACCAAGAUUGAACUCUUUGGCCUGAAUGCCAAGUGUCACGUCUGGAGGAAACCUGGCACCAUCCCUACGGUGAAGCAUGGUGGUGGCAGCAAUAUGCUGUGGGGAUGUUUUUCUGCGGCAGGGACUGGGAGACUAGUCAGGAUCGAGGGAAAGAUGAACAACUUGAACCCGAUUGAACAUCUCUGGAGAGACCUGAAAAUAGCUGUGCAGCGACGCUCCCCAUCCAACCUGACAGAGCUUGAGAGGAUCUGCAGAGAAGAAUGGGAGAAACUCCCCAAAUACAGGUGUGCCAAGCUUGUAGCGUCAUACCCAAGAAGACUCGAGGCUGUAAUCGCUGCCAAAGGUGCUUCAACAAAGUACUGAGUAAGGUUCUGAAUACUUAUGUAAUUGUGAUAUUUCAGUUUUAAAUGUUUCAUACAUUUGCAAGAAAUUCACAAAAAAAAACUGUUUUUGCUUCAUCAUUAUGGGGUAUUGUGUGUAGAUUGAUGAGAAAAAAAUACAAUUUAAUCAAUUUUAGAAUAAGGCUGUAACGUAACAAAAUGUGGAAAAAGUCAAGGGGUCUGAAUACUUUCCGAAGGCACUGUAAACGCCUAAAUAUAUAUAUCCUCUUUCAGGAAAUACAUUAAAUGUAGUAUUAGUCUUAUAUUUAACUGAUGAAUGAUGGGUUAUGCAUAAUAAGAUUCUAACUCCUAGCCUUGAUGGGAAUUUUUUUAGUGGACUAUGAGAUAAAACUGAGUUAAUCACGAACAUAUGGUCAGAAUUCGCUGUUGCUAGGCAAGAACUUAAUUGGUUCAUUUUACUGUGUGUGUGAAGUGGGGAUCUGACCUACGGCCGAAUUGCUCGCUCUUACCUAAUCCAGGGCUGUCCUACCUUAUCUGAGACUGAAACCAGACUGUUGCCUAAUGCAUCUCUCCUCAAACAAAGUAGAAAGAGCGGCGCCAGAGUUGAACAGAGUUUAGAAUAAUCAUGAGUAAUUACAGCAUGACGGGGGGGAAGAAUAGGAGUGGGUUUGGGUACAUUUGAGAGAUUGAGUGUGGACCUGUCAUGACCAACAAUCAAUCUUCAGGUCAAGCCAGGGUGAGCCGGGGUUGAACAGAGUUUAAAACCGAACAUGAUUGUUUUUUUGCAUGACAAGGGCGUGAUUGUAAUAAUAUUGUUUCUAAACUGAAUGACAGUCAAAUGUAGCCGCUAUCAUAGACUGAGGAAGUGGGCGGAGAAGGUGGAGAGAGGGAAACUGAAGAUAAUGGUGUGGGAACCCAAGAGAGGAGGGUAUUUGAGCUAGGAGGUAUGUGAAUGUGACUAUAUAGACGGGGAGUGGAGAGAGAGAGGGAAGGUGCUCUGCAGAUCAUCUCGGCUUCCGUUACUCUGUGUAAUAAAGUCUAUCUUGAUUCAACAAAAACUCUGGAAUAACUCAUAGUGAUCAUUUUUCCACAUCAGCCUCUGUGUCUUGCGGAAAUACGCACGGACCUGUCUCUGUAAAAAAAAAAGGCUCCUCUCUUGGAGUCCCAUGCAGGAAAAUAUUAGACUAGAAGGAAUAGCUUGCUGGACAUUAUUAUUAUUAUAAUUUUUUUACAUUUCUUAUACCAAUAGACUAUUCGAAGAGGGACGCAAGCUCUUGAGAAUAGAACUCACGGGUAAUUUGAAAGAAGAGCGAACACGCGAUGGUGGCUGGCUAUAGCAGUUAUUUAUUCACAUACAUAACCAUAACCAUUCAAUCCUUGUGAAGAGAAGUGAAAGCCUUCUGCAUCUCAUUCUAGUCCUAUAUUAUUCAAGCAUGACAUUAGAAUGAUGUCAUUUUUUUGUUUUGCUUUUGAUAUUCAUUUUGUUUACAAUUUUACAAAUUCAAUUUUUUUGUUUUUGAUCACAACAUCCAUUAUUUCACUUUUCUUAGAAUAUAUUAUGUAUAUAUAUAUAUAUUUUUUUGUUUUCAUGUUUACAAUUUCUUUUAUUUUGAAUUCAAUGCUUAAGGUGUGAAAUGUACCCCAUAAAUAUGAAAGAUGGACGCAUGCUAAAGUUUUGAAAACAUACGUGACAGACAGGUUACCAGUGCUGUAGCGUUAGGUCUGGGAUUUCAGAGACUAUGUGACACGUAACUCGUCCUGUGUGUUGCAAGUGCACGGAUUAUAACCACCGUUGUCCUCUAUGGUCCACUCUAUCCCUCCAGGGAAUCCUGUGAAUCAACUCAACGAGACCAUCAACUACAACGAGAUGUUUGAGUGGAAAGACACCAUCGAUGAGGAGUACGAGGAUGCCCUAGAGAGAGGUCUACCCAACCCCAUCCUCUAUAUCGCUGAGAAGUUUACCCUUAACAACCCCUGUGGCCUCAUCUACCAGUAUAGAUACUCUGGUCGCUACGCCUCGGCCACUCUCUGGUAAGCUGACUAGAUCUAAACACAUACUAGACUCAUGGGGCGGUGCACAAUUGGCCCAGCGUCGUCCAGGGUAGGGGAGGGAAUUGCCCGGCAGGGAUCUAGCUCAGUUGGUAGAGCAUGGCGUUUGCAACACCAGGGUUGUGGGUUCGAUUCCCACGGGGGGCCAGUAUGAAAAAUUAAAAAAUAAUGUACGCACUCACUAACUCUGGAUAAGAGCGUCUGCUAAAUGACUAAAAUGUAAAAUGUCUGUAGUGGACAUUCCACCACCAGAUCCAAAGGUCCAAGUGAAGCAUAGGAUUAGAGAUCAAAGUUAUGAUAAGGUUUAAGUUAGGAGUAAGGUUUGGUGGGGUUAGGUUAGGGUAAGGGUUAAAGUUAGGGGUUAGUGAAGCGCCAUUCCAGAACCAUUUAAAAUCGUCUGACUCUACGUACACGUCCCGAAUUUAAAACAAGUGCCGUCUCCACUCCCCAGGACAGCGUUCUGCUGCUGGUUGGUAGCCAACGUGCUGUUCUCCAUGCCUGUCAUCCUGUACGCCGGCUACAUGAUGGUGGCCACCGCCGCCUUCAUCUUUUUCUCCAUGGCCUCCUUCUCCACCGUCAUGAACCUGCCGACCUGCCUGUUCACCAUAGGCACCUCCGGAGCCUUCCAGACAGAGUACAGCGGUUCUUUCUGGCUGGCACUGGCCACAGGUAAGGAAAUGGUUUACCAGAGCCCAAGGCUCUUUCCUCAAUUCAACUUAACUCGAUUCCUUGCGUCCUCUCUCUCCCAGCCUCCAUCUCAAACGGGAAGGACCUUGGACAUUCUCCUAAUAUGUGUUUUGAGAAGGAGGUUAGGAGAAAGGACUCUAGGAAUCAAGGAAAUAUGAAUUGAGAAAGAGCCAAGUUAUCCACACUAAUGACAAUAUUAAAGGACAUUUUGUUAAAAAGGCAUCCAUCUUGUUUUUCAGGUGCUCUGUGUCUGGUCAUCGGAAUCCUGGUGGUUCUGCUGGACUGUCUGAUCCCUGAGAAGAUACGAGAGGCCUUCAGUGUCGGGGUGGACAACGACGAAGAUGAAGAUGUUUAUUUUGGAGAGGGAUACCUGAACUCCAACUUCCUGGCAAGCGUAACCACCACACCUUUGACAACCUUAGUACUUCCUGUGGUAAGUCUGCCAGUUUAA